AUGACGAACAUCACAAUUGGAUUAUCCUUAAAACAACCGGAAUCAUGCCCAUUGGACUACGUUUCACUGUACAUCAAGAGAAGCGAAAACAAACAGAGAAUAAAUAGUAAAUCUCAUUGGAAAUGUAAAAGUUGUUUUCUAAUGUAUCAUCAGCAUUCUAGAAGCGUAGAAAAGCAACCAUUCUACAACGAAAAAUAUAUUUUAUGUGUGAGGAAGGAGAGUGGGAACGAAAAGCUAUGA